UAUGCACACCUUAAUUUGGACUACCCUUGUCGAUAUGCAAUCGUAAGCACAUUGGGAGUGCACGUAACUAAACCGAGGAAAGAGGGAUGCGCUCAGAACUACAACUCCCAGCGUGCUCCAGUUUGAGUUGCAAGAACUUCGUUUCCCAGCAUGCAUGUGGACUUGGAUCGGGAUUUGAAUCUCUCCGCAGAGACAUAAAGGUUUUCACUUCUGGUCUGGAUAGUUUAUUUCUUUGCUUCAGGCGAGGAAGAAAGAACGGGCUGGGUCCCACUUCUUGAGUUGUCAUUGUUUUCCCUUGAGGAAUUGACGAGAUGAGCAGGAGGGGUCCCUCGUUAUGGUGUAGCCACCAGCUCCUGCUACGACCAACCUUUGCCAUCCUGGUGUCUCUUGCUGUCUUUCAUGUGGGUAUGGCGAAUGGCCAGCAUCACCGGAGGGAACCUUGGCGAGAGAAGAAUAUGCAGCCUGACUUCCUGUCCAAAAUUACUCGAGCAGCGAGGGAAACCUUGGAAGAUAUUCUUGGGCCAGAUAAUUUUCUCAUAUUGAAUGAAAAUAUCUCUUCCGCAUUCUGGGUAUUAUCCUCUGGGAUCUCCUCAGGUUUAUUUGCCGUGGCUCGAAUUGCAGGACAGUUCCUGACUUCCUUUGGCAUUGAUGGGGAUCAUGCAACUCAGUUCCUGAAGCUGAGCCCUGACCAAGUGCAAACACUGCUUCUCUGGGGCCUGGCUGCUCUGAUAGGCUACUGGCUGCUGUCACUGUUGCUGAAUCUGGUGCUCGGCAUCUUGAGCCGCAUCUUGUGGGGCCUCAAGCUGGUCAUCUUCAUGUCCUGCUUCAUGUUCAUUGUCUCUAUGGUGCAUGAUCGUUCUGUUCAACUUUCCCUUCUAUUAUUACUCGUACUCAUGCUAUAUGCUCUAUUGGAGGGGCCUAGGUGGAGUCACACCGCUAGAGGUACGAAACUGGAAUAAUAGUGCGCAGCUUGCAACAGGUAAAUUAGAUGAACUACAACGCAGGCAAAGGCGGUCAUCUCCUAAACAUUUGGAUGAAGAAUAAAACUUACAGGAAGCUAUAAUGUUCACAUACCUUCUUUAAGAGGUGACUACUUUUUUCUUUGUGUAUUCAAUAACUGCUUCCUAGAAAUAGAUGUUUUCUUGUAUCCUGUCUCCCACAACUAUACAGGAACAUGUGACCCCAGAAGGAAAUUUCUGUACAGGAAAAUGAAUGCACUUGACAUGGUAACAGCUUCCUACUUGUCACUCUAUAGACUUGUUCUUCAGGAGGGGCUCUCUCCUUCUCCAUCCUAGUCCUCUCUGUUUCAGUCACGCCUCUUUCUAAACUCACCAUGCCAACCUACCUGAGUUAUUUUCUGGCUGAUUCUAAAAAUACCAUUUUGCUUCUUAAAGAAUGAAAGGCCUGAUGUUUGAGUGACAGUGCUACUCACUAUGAAAAUAGUGCACUUUUAAGUGUUUUUCCAUAACCAUGCCUGCCUAAGACAAGAAUGGGGCAUUUUGUGGUAUACUUUGAGGGUCUAAAUGUGUCUCAGUUGGUUUAUCUAACAGCAAACCCCCUGUUCCAAGUGCCUUCCCAAAGCAAAAGGUGGCUGCUCUGUUUACAGCAGCACCAGAGGAAAUCAGAAUGUUACAUAAAGGUGUUGUAUGUGUUUACAGAACUUUUUAUCAUUCAGUUCACUACAAGCCAAAGAUGUCUGAUGAAUCUAAGACCAGAUUAAGUUUCCUUAUGGACUCUAGUUCUGCAAGAGGAAAUUUGAUGAUCCACAGCAAAUAAUGUUCAUGUGCCUUUCCUGGUUGGAAAUAAGCCAUAAACCAGAGACAAAGUGAAUUGAAUGUACAAAGCACAUCCCUCCAGAUAGAGUUUAUUGAGCACUACUAUCAAACCCAUGGUCUGAAGACUUGUGCCCUUGAUGACUGUUUUGAGGAGGCAUAAUGUACUACUCUGGUGUUAAACAUAUUAGUUGCCACUAUGUAUAUUUUUAAAAUUUUGCCAAUUUUAAACCAAUGGAGUAUUUUGUUAUAUGCUUUUCCAAAUAAAGGCUAUUUAAUGAUCA